UCGACGCCGCUUACGCCGCCGUCGCUCCGCCAUCUUCAACUUCCUAUUGUUUCCAUCAGACGGAGGCUGUCGCUCAGCGCACAUUUGGCCAAACGUUUGCAUCGCGCGUACAGCUUUUAUCUUUGCUGUCGCACGUUGAGCACCAACUCUUUAUAUGAGAUUGGAUUAAAGACUUCUCAGGGCGCGACCACUGAACCUUGACGAUGGAGGACGAUCAACCCAAAACCUUGUAUGUGGGGAAUCUGUCCAGGGAUGUCACCGAGCCCCUCAUCCUGCAGGUCUUCGCACAGAUCGGACCAUGCAAGAGCUGUAAAAUGAUAGUUGAUACAGCUGGAAAUGAUCCAUACUGCUUUGUGGAGUUCUAUGACCACAGGCAUGCUGCUGCCUCACUGGCGGCCAUGAAUGGAAGGAAAAUAAUGGGUAAGGAGGUCAAAGUAAACUGGGCCACAACGCCAACCAGCCAGAAAAAAGACACAAGUAAUCAUUUUCAUGUAUUUGUUGGAGACCUCAGUCCAGAAAUUACCACAGAAGACGUCAAAGCUGCCUUUGGUCCAUUUGGUAGAAUAUCGGAUGCUCGUGUUGUGAAAGAUAUGGCUACAGGGAAAUCAAAAGGCUAUGGCUUUGUGUCUUUCUUCAACAAGUGGGAUGCAGAGAAUGCCAUUCAGCAGAUGGGCGGUCAGUGGUUAGGGGGUAGACAGAUCCGAACUAAUUGGGCAACAAGAAAGCCCCCCGCCCCAAAGACCACUUACGAAAGUAACUCCAAGCACCUAUCCUUCGAUGAAGUAGUGAAUCAGUCCAGCCCCAGUAAUUGCACUGUUUAUUGUGGUGGAGUCAGCACAGGACUUACAGAACAAUUGAUGAGACAGACCUUUUCGCCAUUUGGACAAAUAAUGGAAAUCAGAGUUUUCCCAGACAAGGGCUAUUCAUUUGUGAGGUUUAACUCCCAUGAUUCAGCAGCCCAUGCCAUCGUGUCAGUGAAUGGCUCGUCAAUAGAGGGCCACAUAGUCAAGUGUUACUGGGGUAAAGAGACCCCAGACAUGAUGAGCCCCAUGCAGCAGGUGCCCAUCCCCCAGUUGGACUGUGUUCUUACCCUUCAGCAGAACAAGUUGGGUUUCGCUGCAGCCCAGCCAUACGGUCAGUGGGGCCAGUGGUACAGCAACGGGCCUCAGAUCAGCCAGUACGUCCCCAAUGGGUGGCAGGUUCCCACCUACGGCGUCUACGGUCAAGCCUGGAACCAACAGGGCUUCAACCACUUACCGGCCAGUGCUGGGUGGACUGGCAUGAGCGCCAUCAGUAACGGUGGGGUUAUCGAGCCUACACAGGGAUUGAAUGGGAGUAUGCUAGCCAACCAGCCUGGUAUGGGAGCUACGGGAUACCCAACACACUGAUAAGGGGGCAGGUUGGGCGAUUUGUCAGCUGUCAGCCUCUCAUUGGCUGAAAGAUGCCCUGCAGGGCUGUGAAUCACCGCCUCCAUUUGUGGCAGGACUUUUACUGGGAUGUUGAACCUAACGGAAAGGUUGACAUCUAGGACAUGUAAAGGGGAUUUUGGUGGGGGGUGGGGGGUUCAGGUAAUUGGAUCCAGGGAGGAGCAAUUCGACCCACAUGGGUAUUUACGCCAUUUGUGGUACACAAGACUGACAAUAAACUGGGGCGAUUACCAUUUUUAAGUUAACUGUAAAUGAGUAUAAAACUGUAAAGGAGAAACUUUGGAAUUUUUCUUUUUGGGUUUUACAAAUUGCUUCCAUUUUUCACACAUUUCAGUCAGCAAGUGGCUUUGCCAUUUUUUUUUUUUUUCCUUCAAAAUGACAAAUCGUUCAAGUCUUGAGUUGUGCUAAGUUAUGAACCUUAGUUAUUUGAGCAAUGGAAAUCACUUUAAUCAUUUUCUCUUGGAUUAAAAUCAACUGCAGGGAUUGUUGCCACUGCUGUUUAUCUGUAAGGGCAGGAUAAAUAUUGCACAGGCUUUUUUUUUGUUUUUCCUCUUUAAUCUUGGACUUGGACACAUUUGAUUACAAGAGUGUUUUCUUUUGCAUUCCAUUUCUCCUCUACAUCAUUGCGACAGCUGCAAAUAUUUUCAUGUGUAAAUAACAUACGUUCAUUUGAAACAAUGUAAGUAAAAAUGCUACUGUUAACUGUGGGUGCUUGCUUUUUUUUUCCAUUUUACUUUCUUUUUUAAACGUGUAACUCAACAGUUAACGCCGACAUUGUUCGUAGCAGAGCGGCACUAUCAAAUGUGACACUGGCACAGUGGAACAUAUGACCUGGGCAGGGAUUAGAUGGCAUUGCCAUGCAAUGCAAGCAAAAUUGAACACAAUUCAAAUGUUGAAAGAGUGUUUGACAAUUCAGUUUUUUGUAAAUACGUAUUGAAAUGCCAGUAUUUUAUAUCACCAGAGGAGUUAACAUUUACACUUGCUCUUUUUGCCAGAGGAACAGGGAAACCUAAAAUCUGUUGCCUUAUAGAGCUGGUUUCUUUUAGCCGACAACAUACUCUGAAUUAGGCAGUGCCUACAGACCUUUUUGAGAUCCUUUUCUUUAGAAUGGUGUAAGUCCAAAAGAACUGAUAAUGACUCUGCUACUGUAAACAAUGUUUUCUUGCUUUGUCCAAUUAAAUGCUAAUGCACAUAAACCACA